AUGGCCGAUCCAGCCGAGGAGACCGUCGCCGCGCCCCCGCCGACCCCGGCAGCUCCCGCCGAGGGCGCCCCGCCGCUGUCGGCGGAGCCGCCGGCUAGCACCGACGCCUCGCCGGAGAAGGCGGCCCCGCCUGCGCCUGCGCCGGACACGACGGUGAGGUCCCGGGGGUUCAGGCUGCUCGGCGAGGACACCUCCGUGCACAAGGUGCUCGGUGGCGGUAAAACUGCUGAUGUACUGUUAUGGAAGGACAAGAAAACAACUGCUGUAGUGAUCGGUGGCACAACUGUCAUAUGGGUUUUAUUUGAAGUGCUUGAUUACCAUCUCUUAACUCUGCUAUCCCAUGUGAUGAUUGGUGUCCUGGCCAUCUUGUUCGUGUGGUCGAAAGCUAUGACCUUCAUCAAGAAGAGUCCGCCAGAUAUUCCUGUAGUCGAGAUACCUGAAGACCUCGCUGUGAAUGUAUCACGGGCACUACGCAGCGAUGUCAACAGAUCACUUCACUUGUUGCGCGAGAUUGCAAUGGGGCAUGAUCUGAAGAAAUUCCUUGGUGUGAUUGCUGGUCUCUGGGUUCUGUCAGAAGUUGGAAGCUGCUGUGAUUUCCUCACCUUGAUAUAUAUUGGUGCUGUCCUGAUGAUCCACACGGUGCCGAUCUUGUACGACAAGUACCAGGACAAGGUGGAUCACUUCGCCGGAAAGGCCCAUACCGAGGCGUGCAAGCACUACGAGGUGCUGGACCAGAAGGUUCUGAGCAAGAUACCCCGAGGACCGGCGAAAACCAAGAAGACCUAG